AUGAAAAGUAAUGUUUAUGUAGGUCUUAAGCCGGUAUUAGGUUCAGUGACAUCUGGAAACGAGCCGCAGGAAGACCGAUACGACUACGUGCUGCAUCCAAUCACGAAUAGCAGGUACCGUGACCGAGUUAAAUUAGCAUUCCAUGAGCAUAGACAGUUGGACCAGAAAGGCGUUCAAGCCGUGCUCAAAGUACCCGAGCCGCAGCUUCAGGAGUUGUGCCUGCCACCUGCCGCCGCAAACGCCACAUCGCCCGGUUUUAUUGGUUUGUUGGCGUCGUGGGUCGACCUGGAAAGUGCAGAUGCCGAUGUCCAGGAGCUCAGCUACCAAGUGUUGUCCAACGAAUGGCGCUACGCCACGUUUGUAGGCGUUAAGCAGUUGAUCCUGGCGCCACCUAAAAACCUUACCUGUCUAAACCGCUAUGCUCUUAUGGUUGCGCGGUUGCUGUACCAGUGCAGCAACCACGAGAGCAGCAAUACCCCGGUUCUCUCAAUAUCUCUGCCAUUUUUUGAGGACUCCGAUCCACUGUCUACUUGGGAGCUUUGGUGCACCGUUCGCAAAAUAUGUUCGUACCACCCGAGCCUGACAAUAUCUCUGGCGCUUCCGCGGGACAGAACGCCCUCCCAUGUCUUACAGCGGUGGCUAGCAGAACCAGUCACUUGUCUUUUGGUAUCAUCUUCCAUAUUCGCGACAAACCAAUACAAUUAUCCAGUUCUCAACAAAUUCAACCAACAAAUCAUUUUUGAGUUUCAAAAAGUCAACGGCUGUUCGCAAUCAAGGCUGUCUGAACUGUGCGUUAUUCUACACGGCGUUGAAAAAUAUGCUUUCAAAGUUGAAGGAGGUGAAGCUGCGUACCUGGAAUAUAUUAAUUACCUGCUCAAGAGGGGUGAUAAGGUCAUGCUCACAGAUCCAGAUGCGCACACAUUUUCAGAGCCGCGUGUGAUGCCACCGCUAGACCCUUACUCUACUGACAUUUCGAAUGCGGUAUAUCAUACGUUUGAACAGGACAAAACAAAAUACGAACUUUACGGACAAGCUAUAACCAGAGCGCUCAAAAGCAUACAGAUGAAUCGGACAGCAUCCAUAAUCAAAGGCAGUUCUCCUUUAAUAAUUCUCGUUGCCGGCGCUGGAAGAGGUCCGCUAGUUGACGAAACAUACAAAGCCGUUUCUGAGCUUAAAAUAUCUAAUUACCAGAUUAUUGCACUUGAGAAAAGUUCCCGCGCCGUCCUCUAUCUUCAGAAACGCAAAUACGAGUACUGGAAAGAUUCUGUGGAGAUAGUCAAAGACGACAUUUGCCUGUGGCGUAGCAAUAAGAAAGUGGAUCUUUGCAUAAGCGAGUUACUAGGUUCAUUCGGAUGUAAUGAACUCUCUCCAGAGUGCCUCUCGAGUUUAGAGCGAUACAACUGUAAGCCUAACACAGUUUUCAUACCGCAAAAAUACUCCUCCUAUAUUGCACCUGUAUCCGCUCCACUACUGUACCAAAGCCUCAAAACCGUCAAUGUUCCCAACGCAUUCGAAAGACCUUGGGUCAUUCACAACAUUCCAUAUUGCAUAAUUUCGACAAAGAUAAAUGAAACUUGGUCGUUCCAACACCCAUUAGCAUCUUCUCAGUUGAGUAGAUCAACCAUAACUGAUUUCAAAAUAAAGAACAAGGGUGAGAUCCAUGGUCUGAUUGGAUUUUUCAAAGCCACUCUGUAUGAUGACAUUUGCUUGUCGAUUUUACCUAAUAAUUCAACGGUUAAACUUGCCGAUACGGGAACCGCCGGACCCGAAAGCACUUCGGGACUGUACGUGAAGGGUGAACAUACCCCAAAUAUGGCCUCUUGGUCACCUAUUGUUUUUCCCCUCAAGCAACCCUUUUUCAUCUCAGAUGACACCGAGUUGGAGGUUUUCAUGACCCGUAACAACAGCUAUACUAACAAAAAAUUUUGGUACGAAUGGUCAGCUAGCUCGUUUGUGUACUUGGUAAUGUCUGACCGCCAUACUCAAUCUGCAAAAUCAUUGGAGAAGUUGGGGGCAUCCAGCGCUCAACAAAUUUCACGACAAAAUAGUAAUCACUAUUCAUCACCGCCUGCUGCCGGCCUCCAGAAGGCAUUUGGUCAAUUUCAACCAUCGCCCAAUAUUUUACCGGAGGCGAUACAAAAUGCAAACAAUGACGAUAACGACAUGUUCGAAUUCUCUGGGAGUGAAAGUGGUUUUAUGGGCAGCCAUCAAAGUGGCUGGAAAAGUGUACAGGACAUUCACGGGCUUGGCUUGAAAAACGCACCUGUGUUUGAUCUCCAUCAAUCGCCGCAUGAUUCCAUUAUCGGAGAAAGUUCUGCACUCGAAGAAUACCACGUCAGAGUCAAAACUGGUGUUUCUGAAAUGCAGAAUGUUGGCGGCCAAUCUUACUCCAUAACCCUGCGUUGA